GUGUGUGUUCAUUUCUGCGUGCGCACGUACAAUGUGCAUGGCGAAGUCUCCCGGGGUAAACACAGCCUCUGUGAAUAUGUUGCUGCCUUUUCGCAGCUAAGCUACAUAAAUCCUCCUCGCUGUGCCAACAUGGAGGUACACAUGAAUAUUCCCACUCAGUCUCUCACUCGUUCUCACACCCUUGCACACACACACAUUUUCGACAGACGUACAUGCUGGCUCGUCGCACAUGCGCACUCCGAGGGGCUGAGAGCAGAAGCGGGCACAGACACGCACACACACACACACACACACACACACACAUGCAUGCAUGCGCCUGCAGCCACACUGCCUGAUUAGCUUGCGAGAGCUGUCUACGGCAUCCAGGGAAAUGGCGCAAGAGGCAGAGCAUCGGAGGAGCGACGGCAGCCUCAAGCGGCAGGAUUAGACCUCUGGCAUCCCGGUCAGCUGAGGCAUGGAUUGACUCGGAGCAGGGGGACUGGGCUACGGAGCGAUCAGGAGGCAGCCUGACCGACUGUGGGACUGACUGUGGGUCUCUGGGCUGAUGCACCGGUAGGACUGGGCCGGGCCUCUGGAUCCGUACCGUGGGGGGAGGGGCAGGUGUGAUCCUCCAGCCUGACCGUCUGCACACAGGCCUGCCUGCAUCCCUCUCCGUCUCUCUCUCUCUCUCCCUCUCUCUCAUCCUCCCCAUCCUUGUGUGACUCUUGCUAUUGUUAUCUGCUUCUUCCUCCUCCGAUGUUCCCGCUGUCAUCCAAGCUCCCUCUGCCUCCAUCGCUCGAUACUCUGGUCAUCGUUCGGUCCUGGCGUCACCGUCGCUCCAUCCCUCUCUCCUCCACCAUCUAAAUAUUUUAGCCCUGUUUGCCAAGCAGCUCAGCUCCCGACCACAGCAUCUCUCCGUUCACAUCUCUCUCGCAUCCCCACUCAUCUCCUCCAUCGGCUCCUUUCUGUGCCCUUCAGACGGUCCCCCGCUCCCUCUCCUUUUCCCCUCCAUCUUCCCUCGUUCGGCUCCCAUCCACCUCUACCCUGCAGUGACUGUAUAUUUGGAUCCGUCUGCUCAGCAAAUGGGAUGAGAUGUAGUCUCCACCGCAGCCAGAUCCAGGGGGCUCCUGGUCUGCCCAUCAGGGGGACCCUCAUCUUCGGACCACGCUGAGGCUGGAGCCUGACUCUGGGCGGACUGGGUGGCCUGCUCUGGGGUGCUGCAUGUAGCUGAGGACAGCCCCCACCCUCACCCCCUUACCCUGUUCCUUCGCCCCCUCUCUGGGCAGCCGUCACUCUGGAGUGUCCCGGCGUGACCGGUCGUGGCCUCUCCUCACACACCCUGACGACGCCCUCAUGCCACUGGGGCACCCGAAGCGCCCCGGCUCCGCUCCACUACCACACCUCCUGCCUGUGCCACCGGCCCAAACGCCCCGCUGCCCUCGACAUGGGCGUAGUGGAGGCCAUUGACCCGGCGCCAUCCCCCUGCCCCUCGCCUGUACCAGGGGGCUACAGGCUGCCCCGCUCCUCCAGCUACAGCCCGCUGCAGGGGAGGGCGGGGGCAGAGCUGGACCUGGAUGCGGCGGCUGGAGGGGUCCUGGAGGGAAGCGGGACGGCGGCAGAGCGCAGGACGCCCCUCGUGGAUCUGUUCUGUGAGACCUGCUCCAGGCCCUGGCUCAUUGGCUGGUGGGACCAGUUCAAGAGGAUGUUGAACAGGGAGCUGUCCCAUUUGUCAGAGAUGAGUCGCUCAGGGAACCAGGUGUCGGAAUACAUCUCCAGUACCUUUCUAGAUAAGCAGAACGAAGUGGAGAUCCCGUCCCCGACUUUGAGGGAGAGGGAGAAGCCCAUGGGUCAAAUCAGUGGCGUGAAGAAGCUCACGCACAGCUCCAGCCUUUCAAACUCCUCCACCAUGCCUCGAUUCGGUGUGAAGACUGAACACGAGGAUGCGCUCGCCAGGGAGCUGAACGACUUGAACAUCUGGGGCCUUAACAUCUUUCGGGUGGCAGAGUUCUCUAAUAACCGUCCCCUCAGCUGCACAAUGUUUGCCAUCUUCCAGGAGAGAGAUCUACUAAAGACCUUUAGCAUCCCCGUGGAUACAUUCGUCACCUACGUGAUGACCCUGGAGGACCACUACCACGCCAACGUGGCCUACCACAACAGCCUCCACGCUGCCGAUGUCACUCAGUCGACUCACGUACUGCUGUCCACUCCGGCACUAGAUGCGGUGUUCACUGAUCUAGAGAUACUAGCUGCGUUAUUUGCCGCUGCCAUCCACGAUGUCGACCAUCCAGGAGUGUCCAACCAAUUCCUCAUCAACACAAACUCCGAGCUGGCCCUGAUGUACAACGACGAGUCGGUGUUGGAGAACCAUCACCUCGCCGUGGGCUUCAAGCUGCUCCACGAGGACAACUGUGACAUCUUCCAGAACCUGAGCAAGCGGCAGAGGCAGAGCCUGAGGAAACUUGUUAUUGAUAUGGUUUUAGCCACAGAUAUGUCUAAACACAUGAGUUUGCUGGCAGACCUCAAGACGAUGGUGGAAACCAAGAAAGUGACAAGUUCUGGAGUUCUGCUGCUCGACCAUUACACUGAUCGGAUACAGGUGUUGAGGAACAUGGUGCACUGCGCUGACCUGAGCAACCCCACGAAACCCCUGGCGGUGUAUCGACAAUGGACGGAGAGAAUCAUGGAGGAGUUCUUCAGGCAGGGGGACAAGGAGAGAGAGCGAGGGAUGGAGAUCAGUCCCAUGUGCGACAAACACACCGCCUCCGUGGAGAAGAGCCAGGUGGGCUUUAUUGACUACAUAGUCCACCCGCUGUGGGAGACAUGGGGGGACCUGGUGCACCCCGACGCCCAGGACAACUUGGACACUCUGGAGGACAACAGGGACUGGUACCAGAGCAACAUCCCACAAAGCCCUUCGCCUCCCCCCGUGGGCCAGGAUAAGGAUCUAAACGUCUGCAUUGAGAAGUUCCAGUUUGAGCUCACCCUCGACGACAGCUCCCCGAGAGAAGAAGAAGAAGAAGAAGAGGGAGACGAGACGACGCCAAACCACAUGGCACGGGACUGCAGUCAGGCGGAGGAGGAGGAGGAGGAGGAGGGAAAUAGAGAGAAAGACACAAUGACAGAGGAGGAGAAUGAGGACAUAAUAGAAGAGGAAGACGAGGUGGCUAUGGAGGAAGAGGAGGUGGAGGAGGAGGAGCUAAAAGCUCAGUUGGAGGUGAGAUCUGAAAAGGAGAGACUUUCCGACACAAGUCCUGUCGAGGAAGAGGAAGAUUCUUCUUCACAAGCUGAAGACACAUGAGCUCUGCUCCUCCCUCGCACACAUUAUCUUGUUCAUCCUUUUCGACGGCCAAACCAAGAACAAAUGAGACGGCAAUGUGACAAUACAGACCUUUAAAUAUAUUUUUCAAAAAGGGAAUACAUUUAAAAUCGCUUGAAGAGAAGGUGAUUACACAGCAACUGUAGAUUCGAAGUGGUGACGAGUCCUCCGACUGACUUCGCAGCACACUUUAGGCAAAGAGGAAUUUAGGAGAGCAUUAGUGACGGGCAACUGAGGACAGCGUAGCACUCUGGGACCGGAAUGCACACACACAAACACACAGGAAGUGACACGCUUGAAAACAUCGAAGGAGCGAGUCGUGAACGUGCGUGUGCGCAUGCGUCAGUCAUGCAGUGUAACUGGAGAGCAAAUGUACCCCUUCGUUUCUUGCAAACACACACAUUACAUGACAUGUCAUUUAGCAGACGCUUUUAUCCAAAGCGACUUACAAUAAGUGCACACAAAUAACACGCACACAAACACACACACACUCACACACACACUCGACUGUAUGUUUGCGUGUGUGCAUUUACACGAGGGACAUUGAUCAGUAACGAAUCUCUUUGGAAAAAGCCAUCUCUUAAUGGAGUAUUAACUAGUGUUCAGUCAGUAUUAGUAAUUCAUGUCCGUGAGAACUUCAACAGAAACUUUUCUCCUUAGAAAAAGCUACACACCAGGGUGACUUUCUUUUUUUUCCAUUUCUGUCGGAAAGAAAAAAAUAAGAAAAUCCACAGAGGCGGAGUCGGAGGAGAGAAGAAGAUAUCGAAGUAAAAGAAGAUGCUGCGACGAAGGGGGUGGGGGGGGGGGGUCGCCGGGUCCCGUACCCUCUUGUCCCUUUACGAGGAGAGUGCUACUGGUGCGAGAUGGCUCUGUGCCUUUCUGAAACACCAGCUUCCUGAACGGAGCUGUCGUGAAGCAAUGCAUUGUGGGACAGGAGUGUCUGAUUCUGUUUGUUGAUUGUCUCUUGUUAAAGAUCUCUCUUCGCUGUUCAUGGUAUUGUGGUGUGUAUCUCACACGUCCGGUUUACGUGGUCAUAUGUUUUAAGCUAAAAGUCUUCCUUUGUUGCUCUUCUGGUAAAUAUAAUAACUCAGAACUCUAGAUGCAGAGCAAUCACCACCAUCACCACCAUCACCACCACCACCACCCCCACAAACCACCAGUGGACUCUUUCCAGCUUGUGUUUUAUUUUCAUAUUAGAAUUUUUUAAUUUUUAAAAAUCUUUCUGAGAAUAAGCCAUGUGAUGCUUUGAAGCAUAAGUUUUGCCUAAUUUCCAUUUAACAGUUGCUAAAUAUGUUAAAGGGAUACCAUAAUUACUUCAUCAGCAGAACAAAUUCCCACUUGCCAUCUCAUACCCACUUGCACUGCGUGGUUACGUCUUCUCAUACACAACGAUUCUCACCAAAGUACAAGGAGGAGACACUUCAGCGGGUGAAGUGAUGUGAAGGAACAGAGAUGAAUAGGAAAAUCAGGGAGGCAGAAUGUUUGGAGAAGGAACGCGUUGGUCUCGUAGUCCCCGAUCAUCCUCGUGACGUUUGAAGCUUUUUUGCCUUAAUGUCAAAAGCAGGAUACAUACCUGCAAGUAUGUAGAUUUAUAAGAUGUAUAAUAGAUAUCCUAGUAUAUUUAUAUCACGUCUGUAUGCUUAUUUCUGUGCGUAUCAGUGUGUCGACGAUGUAUCCAGCGUUGCAUUCGGAGGACGAAGGGGAACAUCGCUGCCAAAUCGUUGUCAUGUCGUCGCUGUCCUCGGACCAACGUAAAGAAUGUGUCAUUUUUUUAAAACCAGGAUGGUAAACAAUAGUUAUCAACCUGGAGGAAAUAAGGAAUGAGAGGCGUUGAGAAUGAAUAAGGAUGUUUGAAUCUCACCAGAUUAUUUGAUUUGUUGACAUGCCGGAGUUGAUGCGUGCAUGUGUUUGUUGACUUGUUGUGUUGUCACGAAUAAGCGAGCGAGUGACAGGAGGUAGAGGGCGGGAUGCUCAAGAUGUUGUCAUGUGUCGCGGGUUCCCUCCCUCGGCAUCACCACACUGUUGUCGAACGGCGUUCAGUCUUCGAUCGGCACACCUUAAAUAGGUCACGGUUUGUUUCUGUGUUGUUGCUUUUUUUCUCACAGGGUAAACAAACAAGACAAAGAAACAAAAGAACAUGAAUGUGGUUCUUUCUGAGGGUGAGUUUCUGCAGGUCAGUAACUGAGCUUAUCUGAAAUGGCCACAGCUCGGUGCAACAGAAGCCUGUGUGUUUGAUCUGCUCCGCGGUCGGAGGGAGCAGCUCUUCCGGGCCUCCACACAGGCUUUCAUCUUGUGGAAUGGGGAUCCGGGAUUACUAUUGCAGUUACUUAAAUACAGGAUUCCCAUAUGCAUCGGCCUUUUAUUUUGAAGAUGUUGCUUUGUUUUUGUGGCUUCUUGUUAUGUCAUAAGCUAUAAAAAAACAUUAAUAUUUACUUGCCAUACAAACACGAUACUGUAGCAAUUGUUUCUUAUUCAGAAAUUUAUUCAAUUGAUUGAUUGCUGCCAUUCUUUUUAAAUGAUGAAAAGAGAACCAUGGGAAGUGUUUUCUUUGAACAGUUUGUGUACAGUUUAUUUUUAUAUCAUUCUGGUGGAUGGAAAAUGAAUCACGUGUUGAUGAUAUAUAUAUAGCUAUAAGCAUUACCACUCUUGUAUAUAAUGUAAUAUUGGAUUGUAAAUGAUAAAUUUAUCCAAGUCACAAUGAUUGACAAACAACCCAUUAAGGUUGUGAAGUGAAUAACUAGAAAACUGCAGGCCACAGCUUCACCGUUUCAUUCUCUGGUUAUGUUCCCGCUCACAUGUGCUAAAUUUUUUUUUACCCGUCCACAUUUAUUGUUAAAAUCAAAUAUAUUUGUACCAGCACUUUAUUUCGUCAGGUUUUGAGGCAGACAGUGUGUUUCAGGUAGUGUACAGUCUGUGCUGGUGGUUUGGUCAUUGGCAGUCACCUGUUGAUUAUAUCCCAUUGGGCCAAAUCACAAACCGUUAUUGUGCAGUAGUCAAUGUUAACCCCUUUUCUAGAGACAUAAUCAAACAAACUAGUCAAUCUCUAUUAAAGGUCCGUGUGAGAUUGAACUAAUUUGACUGAUAAAGUCAAAUGUGAGAUGGUGUCGUCACAUGUGACAUGUUCAAAGGAAAUAAAUGUGUCCUUAUCUAACUUGGCCAUUUCUAGUACUAUCAACACUUUAAUCAGUAUCCUGAUAGCCUACAUGUCCGUCCAGUGGUGGCCUAACUAGCCGGUUCCCAUCUGGGUUGCUGUCAGGUCACUUUGUCGCAGAAUGACUCCCUCUGUGAAUAAUUCUCUGGGCUUUAAUUCAUGUGUUUGUUCACAAGUACGAAAGAUUAUUCAAGGGGAAAAAACAACAUGAAAUGAUUGUAAUAUUUGUAAAUGAUCUUGCUGUAAUGUGUGAAAUGUGUCCAAGUUAUUUUUUAUUAUAUUAUUUUUAUGAAAGUUUUUCCUCUCAACAGAGCUGAGGUGUCAUUUUGUGAAUAAAUGCAUUUAAUAAGCAAACAUCUAUAUAUAAAACAAUACUAUAGUAUAUCAGUAUAUUUUUCUUUUAUUUCACUGUUCGGUACUGUAAAGUGUGUUAAAAAUACAAAUAAAGUAAGUUUUUUAUAUUAAAUGCGA